CGCAACAUGGCGGCGGCCCUGUAUCUGCCCCGCCACGCCACGCCGCGCCAGUCGCCAGCUGCACGUCUCGCCAGCCACUCCGCAGCCAGCAGCGACAUGGCGGACAGCGUGUUCCACACGAGGACCCAGGGCACGCCGGCAGAGGGACUGCGCGACCAGUACGCCGACGGCAAGGCGGCCCGGGUCUGGGAGGUGUUCAUAGGCGACAAGAACUCCCGCACGCGCCACUACCGCAACUUCCUGGUGGGGCUGCUGCGCCGCAACAACUGCCGCACCGUCCUCGACGUCGCGUGCGGCACCGGGAUAGACUCCAUCAUGCUGCUGGAGGAGGGCUUUAAGGUGACGUCGGUGGACGCCUCGGACAAGAUGCUCAAGCACGCGCUCAAGUCUCGCUGGGAGAGACGGCGGGAGAAGGCCUUCGACGAGUGGGUGAUCGAGGAGGCGAACUGGCUGACCUUGACCGAGGACCUGGGGGGCGCGGCCGACGGCUUCGACGCGGUGUUGUGCCUCGGCAACUCCUUCGCGCACAUGCCAGACCCCACGGGAGACCAGCACGACAUCCGGCUGGCGCUGCGCAACUUCCGGCAGUGCGUGAAGCCCGGCGGUCUACUGCUGAUAGACCACAGGAACUACGACCACAUCCUCGACCUGGGCUACACGCCCUCCAAGUGCAUCUACUACAACAGCCAGCACAUGACGGACAUCGUCACCUCGGUGCUGUACGUGAACGGGCGCCCCAGCCUGGUGACCCUGGACUACAUGAUCGACAUCUCGGAGCGGCGCGACAAGUCAGCCGACGACCCCAUCAGCGAGGACUCCAUCAGCCAGUUCCGGCUGUCCUACUACCCGCACCGCCUGGAGGCCUUCAAGGACAUGCUGCGGGAGACCUUCUGCCCGCUCACGCGCCACACCAUCUACGGCGACUUCAAGCCCCUGGACGAGAUAGAGGACCCGGCCUUCUACAUCCACGUCAUGCAGACCCCGCGCCUGUCCUGAUCCCGCGCGCUUGUCAGCAGUUCACACUCGUGACGGUCCGCUCAGCGCUUCUCUCCAAAUGAAAUGAAGCAUCGUUAUUACUAGAGACCGGAAAAAUUCGCGAAUUCAUUUCGUAAUAGGCUAAAAUACAAAUAGUCAUACCUCAGCGCUGCCUCUGCUAUUGGCUCACAACUAACCUGGAUGACUCUGGGCCAAUGAGAAACACUCAACCAAAGCUGUAUCGAAUCACAGGCUGCUACGUUGGGACGUCUCACAAGACAGCAGCAAAUGAGUGGGUAAAAUUUGACCGUGUGUACGUAGAAUUAUGGAGUUCAUCCUACAGGUCAUUGAACCCGCGAAUUUUUCCGGUCCCUAGUUAUUACCCAUAGCUAGAGACUGGAAAAAUUCGCGGUUUCAAUGACCUCUAGGAUAGACUCCACGAUCCUCUAUGUACUGGGAUAAAUUGCACCUGCUCAUUGGAUACUGACUCGUGACACGCGUUACUUGGGAUGCCUUGAGAUUUGAUAAUUCUUUUGUUGAAGGUUUUUCACUGGCUUAGAGUCCUUCGGAUAAACGGUAGUCCAAUCACUGACUCAGCAUAAAGGUGUACGAGUUUGGAGUCUAGCCUACCGCGAAAUGAAUCCGCGAAUUUUUCCGGUCUCUACCCAUAGCUCGAAAUCAUUGGUUUUUUGACCCUCUGACCCCCACUCCCCCUUAUCUCUAAGGUAUUAAGUAUAAAAAUAUUAUUGUCAUAGGUUCUUUAUAUAUAUAUAUAUAUUUCAACUUAUUCGGACGUCGAAAAGUGGGUCAAAAUUGAAUGGAAAGAUUUUAUUACAUAGUCCUUUUAUACAGGUGAAGCUAAUAAAAGCGUGGUAAAAAGGUCUGAACAGCUAUUAGCGAAAAUAAUUUUCAAUGGUAUAUUUAUUUUGCAAGAAUCAUGUUUUUUUGACACUUAAAACGUUUUUGAAUAGGAACUUUGCAAAAUCUAUGUGGUUUUGUUAAUACAUGUAGAUGGGUUAGGAUGGUAUUUGUGAGAUAGAUAUUAUUUCUUUAUUUAUUUGGUAGAGAUUGUGUAGGACAUAUGUAAUAUAUGUAUUUUAAAUAUGCUUUGUUAUAAGCAAAUAAAACGUGUACCUGAUUCCUGAAGAUAGGAAGUUCAAAGUUAAGGCUGAACCUUGUUAUAGUUAGUCGUUUUAUACCUGAAAGUUUGAGUCAAAUAAGUCUUAAUAAAUAGUUCCUGAGAGUGAGAGAACAUUAAUGUAAAUAUAGAACAUUAAUGAUAAGUAAUAAUACUUCCUGAAGAUAGGAGAGUGAUUCGUAGUCUAUUAUUUCUUUAUUAAGUUUAAUAAUAUAAAUCCUGAAGAUAGGAGAAUUAUUAUGCUGUUAGAAUAAAACAGUAUUAAUAAAAUUUGUUAAAGUGUUGUAAUUUUUUUUAAUUUUUAAGAGACUGUGUUUUUAUAACCAUACCAUAAAUUCCUCACUAAAGGAGUAGAAGUGAGUUGACAAUUUAUUCUAGCUACUUAGUUCAGAUAGUGUUUUUCAAAUAAAGUGUCUUGCAUUAAUUUUCUUCUUUUUUAAGUUAACAUUUAAAGCACAAAUUAUAUACUUUGCAAACUAAAAGCAUAUUAAAUUUUUUUAUACACAUACGUAAGGCAUGUUACAUGUCCUGCGUUACAUUUAGUAAGAAAACGACAUUAAUAACUUUAGUUACAGAAUUUGUGUAAUUCGGCAAGACAUAAGGGCUACAUUUUUAUGUGUAACAUUUUCGGGGAUCGAAAAUUUUCUGUUAAAAUACUAAUUUAUUAUCAUUAUCUCAUUUGUGGUUUUAAUAUAUAUUGGAACAAAGUUGGUAAAUAUGAUGUAAAAUUCAGACUGUGCUACUAUUUUUGAAUCUGAAAUACCAUCUAAAAAAAUAACUUUUCUUCCUAAAUUUUAAAAAUGAUUUAUUGUUUAUUGCUACUUAAACUAAUAAAAAUUGUUUUUAUAUUUAAUAAAUCCCGGAUGAAACAAACAAUUUAGUUAAAAACCUUGAAAAAUAUAUUAAUGGAAAGAAAGAAUCAAAACAUGAGGGAUUCACAUUAACAUGAAUGUAAAACAUGGACAUAAAUUAAUUUCUUGUAUAAUUAUAUUGUUUGUAUAUACUGAUAUGUCACAUAAUUGGUUAACAAUUUUAGUACAUCGUUCCUAAAGGGCUGUUAAUGAAGGGUGCUAAGGUAGAACAAUAGUUGAUAAUGCUUUUGAGGCAGACGAUAUGUUAUUAUAUGUUCAAGAGUUUAAAAUUGUUGUCAGACCUUAUGUAAUGCUAAGUAUGUAUUUUUAAGUACACAUAUUUGUAUAUUGCUAAUCAGUUUUUUAACUAACUAAAGUGCUGAUUUCUUCAUCAAGAGGAAAGCGUAUAUUUUCUUUAAAUAAGUUUUAUAAAAUAGGUUUUCUUGCAUCAAAUGUAAUAAGAACAUGCAAAUGUUGAAAUAAACUAUAUUUAAUG